UCCUGCGCAAACUCACUGACAUCACGACGGCUCCGGUCUUCUUCCACGUGGACCCUGUCAUUGACCAAAACACGCGCCGGUCUCCGUGGCAGCCGAGGGUGCGCGCGUGCCCCCGCCGUUGCGCAGUGCAGAGCGGGAGGCACGAGCGGGGCGGUGCGGGCCAGAGGUGUUGCUCCAGAUGUAAACCUGUCCCUCACCGGAACUAGAGCUCCGUACCGUCCACACGGCAAUCAUGCAGACAGAUGUGUUCAUGGAGGCUCGCCUGGGCCAGCUUGUCCCGUGUGUUCUGUCUCUGUCCAUGCUGAUUCACCUGUGCCUGGCUGCGCCGGGGCUACCUGGGACACAAAGACAAGAAUUGGUAGACGCUCACUCUCCUUCUAUUGCACUACCCAAUCCCUUUGGCUCUGGAGAGGAUGAACGCAGGCUGUUACAGACUUACAUUCAGUCCAGUUUGAUGAAGGAGCAAGGAGGACCAGAGAUCAGCACCUGGGAACAAGAGGUUUUCUUCCUGUUUGGUCUUUAUGACUAUGAUCGCAGCGGGUUUUUGGAUGGCUUGGAGAUGAUGAAACUACUUUCAAACUACACAUCCCAUCAUACACCUGGUGCCCAGGCCAGUGAGCAGGUGGUUUCCAUGGUAGAUUUCUUACUUCAAACUCAGGAUCUAAACCAGGACGGCCUGCUGACCCCUUCUGAACUGCUCUCUCCUCCAAUCACUCAAACCCAGGACUCAAGCAACAAUGUUGCACCUCACCAGGAUCAGCAGGUGGCAGCAGAGGACACACUAUCAAACACCAUUGGUGACCAGGAGGAUGCAGCAGUGGAGCAGAUGAGAGAGGAGGGGGCUCAUGAGGAGAUUCAGCUUCAACAUGAUAUGAUGACAGAAGAGGAGAAAGCCAUACACCAAGUAGACGAGCAUACGGGGCAACAAAUCCAAGAAGCCCCAGUAGCAGAACAGGGGCAGGACCACAACAUCCCUGUACAUCAGGGUCAACCUGAGAUAUAAACACACAACAUACGCACACCAGAGAAACCACCUCUCUGUUAUCCUGGCCUCUUGCCUUCAGCCUGCUGAAAAUGGAUGAUUGGAUGGGAACGGAUGAGAGAAGUUUUUAAUCUUCAUCCCUACAAAUGGUUUUUUACUUGGAUCUAAAGUCCAAGAGACAUGUGCAUGGCUGAUAAAAGGUUGUUUCUUUGCAGAGCACUCCUGUCUCUGUAUUGGAAUAAUAUAUGUGGCAGUUCUCAGUUAUUCGGGUCAUGUACAUCUAGAAACAAAACUUAGACUAAAACAAAGGCAACUGGAUUUGUUGAGUUUUCCUGAAGACUUGUCACUACUGAUCAAAAAAGGUUUCUCCAGUUGUAAAAGGCUGGUGGGGAACUUUUAUUGGGUCACAAGACGAGAGUAGCAUCCAUUUGUGUCUGAUUAUGGGUAUUUUUAUUUUUUUUCCAUUUUAAAUUUUUUUAAAAAAUGUUUUUAUGAGCCUGUCAAACAUGAAAGUUUAUCUAAUCUAAUAUCUAAUCUAAAAAAAUAAAAUAAAUGAGACCCAACAAAUUCCUUCAGUAACAGGUGAGUAUCUGGCCUUUUUCAGGUCCAACUUCUCACCAGUCAUGUAGAACUAAAACAGACCAUAAUGGUGAAAUGUCUCAAACAAACCCAAAGUCCAGUUGUCUUUAUUUCAGCUUUGUUUUUGGGUGUAUUUUUUAUGAAUGCAAUGAUUUAUGAAGCUGUUAAAGGGACAAAGAUUAUGAAUUCAGAAUGCAAUAUUAUCCAUCAUUAGUAGAGACUUUUGAAACACUUUUUCUUACUUCCAAAAAGUACUGUACCAUGAGUGGGGCAGUUUCUGAACCACUGCAUUCUGUUUACUGGAUGUUACCUAUGUCAUCAAAAUCCACCUCUUCAAAUGUCAGUAAACACUAUUUCAUGUACACGUUGAUGGGCCCCAUCAUCUCUGCCCCCCUCACAAGGCUCUCACCGGGACUGAUAUUUAUUCAACCUGCUAUUAAAGUCAGUUCAGCCCGUUUGAAGAGACCAUCUGGUGUGCCAAAGAAAUAACUUGUCUUCCUUAAGAGUUUGCUCAACUCAAUAACACUAUGAUUUUACGGAGUAAAAGUAAUACUUAAUUAGUUAAACGACUUUUACCUAAAAUGCUUGGGCCACUGACCAAACGAACUGAUAUUCUUAAGUACGGUCACAAGAGUCCUAUUGAAAUAACUUAAAAUUAUUAACGUUAAAUUCUAAAGUCUUUAUCUGCAAACUUGAAAUGUGUUUACAAUAUGAAACUGUUUACUUGUUGGAUUAUAUUUGUCAUUUAACCAUUUAUGAAUUUAUACAGCUGGAAAAUAAAGCAGAUAUUCGGUC